ACAAAACAAAGGGUCACAAACACUGACUUUCUCUCUUUCUCUUCUCUCACCAUUUUCACCAUUUUUUCCUCUUUUCACAACUCAGAUUUUUCUCUCUUCAAUUGGAUUCUACACUUUCUCAUCUUCAUCAUUCCCUUCAAUUAUACUUCCUAUCUGUGGAUUUUUCUCUGAAUUUUAACUAUAAAAAACAACAACAACAAAAUUUUCUGGGUUUAUUGACUUCUGUUUAUUCUGCAAACUAUCAUUUAGGUUUGCUGCAGAAAACCAAACCCUGUCUAAUAAUUAUUUAAAAAUUUUUUUUUUUGAUAUAAAACUAUAAUUUUCUCUUUUUUUGGUUAAAAAAAGUGUUUUCUUUUUAUUUUUCUGGAAAAUUUGUUCAUAUUUUUGAGACAUGGGUAAACAAGGACCUUGCCAUCACUGUGGAGUUACAAGCACACCACUUUGGCGCAAUGGGCCACCAGAGAAGCCAAUACUAUGCAAUGCUUGUGGUUCUCGGUGGAGGACAAAGGGAACACUUGCAAAUUAUACGCCUUUACAUGCCCGAGCUGAAACCGAUGAUUUUGAGGAUCAAAGGCAUUCCAGGGUUAAGAGCAUAUCUUUAAACAAGAACAAAGAAAUGAAAUUGCUCAAACGGAAGCCGUACCAUGAUAAUGUAGCAUAUGGUGGGAUUGCAUCCGAUCACAACCAGGGAUUCCAAAAGGUUGUUGAUGAAGAUAUGAGCAACCGAUCAAGUUCAGGAUCAGCCUUGUCUAACUCAGGAAGCUGUGCACAAUUUGUCGGAACAGAUGCUAGUGAUCUGACAGGACCUGCUCAGUCAGUGACCUGGGAUGCCACAGUGCCUUCAAAAAAGAGGACAUGUGUUGGUCGUGCAAACCAUUCUUCUGUUGAGGAGUUCACAAAAGAGUUAUGCUCUAUUCUUCAUGAACAACAAUCUUAUUUUUCUGCAUCUUCUGAAGACGAUCUUCUUUACGAAAAUGAAGCGCCAAUGGUCUCUGUUGAGAUAGGACAUGGAAGUAUGCUCAUUAGGCAUCCUAGCUAUGUAGCUCGCGACGAAGAGUCUGAGGCUAGCUCUCUUUCAUUUGAUAAUAGACAAUACCCAAUGAGUGACACAUAUUCUUAUUCUGGUGCCGUUCCUAUGCAUAAUGGUUCCAGUCGCACAAACUUCUCAUCUCAGGGAGCUGAAAAGGUAAGGAACUCAGUUUUCCAGGGAAUGAAGCAGGAGCAACUUAAAAGUGACAAGUCUCAGCUUGAAAGAGCACAAAUCCUUGGAAAUCAUGAUUCACCCCUGUCCUCAAUAGAUUUAAAUGAUGUUGUAAACUAUGAAGAGUUUUUGAGAAUCUUGACGAAUGAAGAGCAGCAGCAAUUACUGAAGUUUCUUCCUGUGGUUGAUACUGCUAAACUUCCUGAUAGCCUUAAGGUCAUGUUUGAGAGCUCUCAAUUCAAGGAGAACUUAACUUACUUUCAGCAGCUUCUUGCGGAAGGUGUCUUUGAUAUCUCUUUGUCGGGGGCAAAACCUGAAGACUGCAAGACUUUGAUAAGAUAUGCACUAUCUAAUCUGUCAAAGUCAAAAUGGGCGGAACACUACCAUCAUAUCAAGAGAUGUAAAAGUAGAGCUGAAAAAUCUGAUACUUCGGGAUCUGCUGGUAUAGCGUCGACCAAUGUUGCAAACAUGAAAAGAAUGCGUGAUAGCAGAAAUCAGAAUUUUCCAGAGGUAAAGACAAUAAUGAGGAGCCCCAAAAGAAUGAUCAUAAAGUCUGGUUAUGAGGGCAAAGUUAAAGAUGCUGGCAGUUGCUAUAAUCCAAAAAGCCUAUUUCCUUUGCCUCCUGAUGCUAGCUCAAACUUGCUAGAUUCUUUUAACUUUGCGGAGGACAGUUCUGAUCAGGAUCUGCUUCUAGAAGUGCCUUCUAAUAAUUCUUUUCCACAGGCAGAACUAUUGCAUCCAACUUUGAGCUUUGGUGCUCAAGCCAGCACUAGUAGUAGCUCAGCUUACUCACAUCUUGUGAAGCAUUGAGUAACAUUACAAGGUUAUACUGUGGUGGAAACAUAUUUUGCAUCUUAAAUAUAUGAUGGUUGUGCUUUUCUUUAAUUGCAACCUUCUUUUUGGAGCUUGGAUUGCCAAGGAUUUAAAGCUGGAUGGGAUCUUUUUGUAUAGAUUGGUAACAGAUUGUAAGAUAGCUUGAAAUGAGAAGUGUUAUUCUCCAUAAUUCUGAGACACCUUUUAUUCCCAUUGUGUGGAGGAACUAGACAUUCUAAGGGGGGCAAUUACUUUGAUGCAUUGUUGGAUGAAAUUAUGGAUUGGUGUCAUUGAUAUGUACUGGACCAAAUGAUCCAUAACAUUUAGGGAGAGGUAGUUGAUGAA